GGGCCGGUUGCCUGGCGCUCAGUCUCUCGCAGCCCGCCAUGGACUUCUACAUCUACCAGCUGCCGUCCUGGGUGCUGGAAGACCUGUGCCGCAACAUGGACACGCUCAGCGAGUGGGACUGGAUGCAGUUCGCCUCCUAUGUCAUCACAGACCUGACGCAGCUGCGGAAGAUCAAGUCCAUGGAGCGGGUGCAGGGUGUGAGCAUCACCAGGGAGCUGCUAUGGUGGUGGGCCAUGAGGCAGGCCACUGUCCAGCAGCUGGUGGACCUCUUGUGCCAUCUGGAGCUGUACCGUGCUGCCCAGAUCAUCCUGAGCUGGUUCACCACAGCCAGGGCCCAGGAGCAGGCCUUGAACUCACUUCUGUACAAGGAGACCCCUUGUUCCUUAAAAACCAACCUGCCCACCUUGUCGACUUCUAAGGAUUUCAGCAUCGCUCUUCCGAAGCAGGAAAAUCUAUUGAGUGUGCCUGGAGACAGGCUUUUGUGGAAUGAGGCAGAUGUGGUCCAGGCUACUGAUAACUUUGACCAAAGCCACAGAAUCUGUGCGGGGACCUUUGCUGACAUCUACCGGGGACAAAGGCACGGGGUACCCUUUGUCUUCAAGAAGCUCAGGGAGCCAGUGUGCUCAAGCCCAGUAUCUGUGGACAGAUUCUUACAGGUGGAGAUGCAGCUUUGCCUCAGAGGCUCUCACCGCAACAUCUUACCUCUACUUGGCCUCUGUGCCGGAAGACAGUUCCACAGCCUGAUCUACCCCUACAUGGCAAAUGGCUCUCUGAAGGACAGACUCCAGACUCUGGGUGGCUCAGACCCCCUGACAUGGCCCCUGCGUGUCAGCAUCUGUGCAGGACUUCUUAGCGCUGUCAAACACCUACAUGGCCUGGAGAUUGUCCACAGCAACAUCAAGAGCUCCAACAUUUUGCUAGACCAAAAUUUCACUCCCAAGCUGGCUCAUCCAGUGGCUCACUUACAUCCUGUCGACAAAAGGUCUAAGUACACGAUGAUGAACACCCACCUUUUCCAGGCCUCAGCUGCAUAUCUGCCAGAAAACUUCAUCCGAGUGGGACAGCUGGACAAGCAAGUGGACGUCUUCAGCUGUGGAAUAGUGUUAGCAGAGGUUCUCACUGGCAUCCCUGCAGUGGACAAGGACCGCAGCCCUGUUUAUCUGAAGGACUUGCUCCUCAAAGAGAUCCCUGGGAGCACUGCUUUGCUCUGCUCCAGGAAGAUGGGUAUGGAGAAGAUGGUGGUCAAGGAGAUCUGCCAGAACCUUGUGGAGAAGCAGUCAGGGCCACUGCCUGAGGUCUGUGCCAAAGCCUGGGCCACCGCUGUCUGCCUGUGCCUGAGGAGGCGCAAUGCCAGCCUGGAGGAGGCAUGUGAAGCCAUGGCUGUUGUGGAGGAACGGCUGCGAGGUCAGCUGUCACUGCCUUGGAGCGGACUUGCUGAGGGCACAGUCUCUAACACCCCAGAGGAAACAGAUGAUGUUGACAAUUCCAGACUUGCCACCACCUCCUCUGUGAAGACAGCUUCUUACUCAAGGGCUGUCUCUGUUCCACUCCCUACAAGCAGUGAAGUAGGAUUGCUCCUGGCCCGUGGGGAAUCUGAGCCUGACUGGCACUUGCAGGUCUGCACUGGCAUGCAGCUGCCCCGGGAUGAGACUUCCUGGAAAAUUGAGAUCAACGAGGCCAAAAGGAAACUAAUGGAGAACAUCCUGCUCUACACAGAGGAAAAACUGGACAGCAUUGAGCUGUUUGGUCCCUAAUGACCUCAGCAGAGCUGAGGACUCUUGUUCUCAGUUUCAUAGACAAGUGUCCUGUUCUGACACUGUUCUGAAAAAGACUGAGGCAGAGUCCAAGGUCUGCCAAGACACAACCCAACCUCAGCUUCCCCUGAUGAAACAGAAAGAAACCUCCAUUUCAUCAGAGUUGAAUUAGGGGAGAGGGAGCCUCAACUUUUACAGAGCUAAAAGUCCAGGAAGUGCUCUUCCUAUUUGGAACUCGUUAGUCACUGCUGUAGCAGAGGAGACCAAAGUGGAAUACCUGGUACACAAAUGACUCUAGGAUGUGGGUGGCUUGUGGUUUCAGGUAGCCUGUGACAGUCACCACCUCCCUUACUGACGCUGUUACCCCAGCAGCUCUCAGUACUCAACAGCUGACAACGCAGUUUUGCAAUGCUAGGGCAUUUUCCAGUUGGCAUCUUUGUAUCAUCCUUGUGGCAGGCACCAGCAGGUUGUGAAAGCAGGUCAGCUAGAGGCCCAGUGUAGCUCUUGACUCACCUCAAGCUCAUGUUUUACCAAAGCCCAACACAUGGAAGAGGAAUUAGUGUGCUUUCUGCUUCUUCAGCCAACACUUAUUUAUUAGCCAUGUGCUUGGCACCUUCAUGCUCCCAUUCCAUGAGUGCUCAUACUUACGGAGCUGCAUGGUGCAAUCAAUCAGCAUGUGGUAUUUAUAUAAAUGUUCACACUCUUAAUGGAGACUGUAUUUUGAAUUUGUGUUUUAUUUAUAGCUAGAUAAAGGAUGAGGAGAACCAGUCUCAUGUUUGAUUCUGCUGCUAAGUCAAUCAUUUAUGGGAUCCCCAUUUCCUUGUAAGAUAACCCCUGCCUAUUCUCCAUGCUUCUGCCCUUGGGGGGAAAGGUGCAGGGUAAAAAGCACUUUGAAAAUGCAUUUAUCCUGUUUUAUAAUAUAAACAACAGUAUAUUAAAUGUAUAGUUCUGCUAUGUAACUAAAAUUUUUUGAAAAGUAAUGUUACAAAUCUUUUGUGGAACAAAGCUUUCUAUAAUA